AUGGGGGAGGACCCCAAGGUUGCGAUGAAGCACCUGGCGGCGUGCGCUAGCGAGUCGGCCUCGGAGAGGGUCACCGCCUUCGGGAUACCCAAGGACCGGCUGUUCCCGCUAUGGGACUGGGUUGGUGGCCGCUACUCGGUCUGUUCGAGCGUAGGGGCUCUCCCCUUGAGCCUCAAGUACGGCUUCCAGCAGUUCGACAGCUUCCUGGCAGGCGCCCGCAGCAUGGACAGGCAUUUCUUGCACGCGCCUUUGGAGAAGAACAUGCCGGUGCUGAUGGGGCUGCUCGGAGUCUGGAACAUCUCCUUCAUGGGGUACAAGACGAGAACCAUAUUGCCCUACGCGGAGGCCCUCCUUAAGUUCCCGGCGCACAUUCAGCAGUUGGCGAUGGAGAGCAACGGCAAGCGAGUCACCCGAAAAGGAGACAAGGUUUCCUACGACAUAGGGCAGGUCGAUUUCGGGGAGCCGGGGACGAACGGGCAGCAUUCGUUCUUCCAGCUGCUCCACAUGGGACAGGUAUGCCCGGCGGAGUUCAUCGGGUUCAUCGAGAGCCAGAACCCGCUGCACAUCAAGGGGGAGCCCAUCUGCUCGCACGACGAGCUCAUGGCCAACUUCUUCGCCCAGGUGAACGCUUACCACCUGGGACAGAUACUUGCCCUGUACGAGCACCGCACGGCCGUGGAGGGCUUCAUGUGGGACAUCAACUCGUUCGACCAAUGGGGAGUGGAGCUUGGCAAGAGCCUCGCCACCGAUAUCCGAGAGAAGAUGCAGAGGUUCCGGUCCCCGGAGCAGGAGGCGCCCAGCGGGCUCAACCCUUCCACGUACCGGCUCAUGUCGCGGUACCUCCAGCAGUCGGACUCGCUCAUCAAGAAGGGGGGAAACAUCAAUCACCGAUCGAAGGUCAUCAAAAAGGACCCGUAG